UAAUGAAAUCCAAGGCUCAACGGUAUAGCGGGUCGAUGCCGGUUGGUUGAGGCGGCAGAACAACGGACGGCAACGAGCAGGCGGAGAGGAGAAACUCAACGGUGGAGAAGUUGUGCCUCGGGCGUCAAUUCCAUGACAUUUUUUUUUACCACUAUAUGAUAUUUUUUCUCUCUCUCUUCUUCUUCUUCCUCCGAUGGAAUGUUUGACUAAAGCAGGUGAAGUUCGCGUGCCUGUUCGGUAGUACAACGGUAGCGGUCUACAACUACACUAUUUGUCUUGGGUUCAUCUUCACCCCUCCCUCCCCCCACUUUUUCGCCUGGCGGAGCAGUCGAGAUAAAGCCAGACACGAGCGGGGCGAAGAUUUUUCUCCCCCAGUCAUUAUCUCCCACCAGUGACCACAAGGACAGUAGCCACAGGGAUAUUAAUAAACUACAACAACUGGCGGAUUCUCAACGUCGUAUUUAGCACACAGCGAUACACCAGGAUUACAACAGAGGGGGAGUUCUCGUUGACUCUACCGGUACAAGCGGCUAGUACAGCCCCGCAGAUUUUCAAACAUCUCACUACUUUUUUCGUUUGUUUUCUUGUGAUUGGUCAGCUCACGAUACGAGAGAGGGGCCUCGGCGUUAUCAAACCAACGUUUCUCGUUAUGUAACGUGAACUAAAACUGGAUGUGGCCGCUGGUUUGAUUUCACCGUAAUCGUCUGCUGAGAGUAUUAUUUCCUUCUCGUUGAGAAAACAAAAAGUGGAUUAUGUGUCGCUUGAUUCAGACUUGUGAUUGGAUUUCGUGAAACAUUAGUGUGUUGGUGGUUUUUUUUUUCUUAAAAAAGUGUAAGUGCACAAACAUUCUUUCAAGGAUUAUACAAAUAAACGACGGACUAUCCCGAUUUUAGGAUUAACUCCAUUAUUCAUAUGGGAUAUUUUAGCGACAGCUGAUUUCUAUUUAUAACCACGAACAGCGGAUGUGUAUAGUUUAUUUAUAGAUACACUGCGUAUAGGAAAAUACGUGUACACAGUCUUACUCAAAGCAACGGGAAUUUUUUUUCUUUUCUUUUUAAAGUGAGCGAGAGACAAGAUUUUCGUGAAAUUUUUGUGCCGUUAAUAAAAUAAAAAACCCAAGGCUGACCAAUGGAAGGAGAGAAUAGGUGAGAGGCGGGCAAUGACCGGACCGGCACCUGGUGAGGUUGUGUCAACAAAGGAUGAGAGAUAGGACGAGGGAAUUCUUGUCGUCGGUUCAUAGGAAAAUAUACUCAGUACUACGUGUAACCAGUGAUGGUUUAUGUGUGUUAACAUACAACACAAACGUAACACUUGCUGUUUUUUUUUAUUAAAGGACUGUAUAAAACCGAAACUUAUUAGUUGCUGUUUCGUAAAAGUACUGUUCAGAUUAUAAUGCUACGUUGUUCGUUUCUCAAGUCAACAAAUUAAUCAAUUACGACAAGAAACGCCCCGCGUGACGUGCCAUGGUGACAGGAUCAAUAAUGACAAGGUGCGUAUAGCCGAGGAAGUACGGUACGUCCAGGAGAAUGUCACCUCCCAGGCUCCACGCGAACGUGCCGGUCUACGUCCUUCUGCUGACCUGCUGGGCGCUGUCCAGCAGCCUGACGGACGGCAACAAACCCCUGUGCGAGUACAACCCCUCCCACACGGUGGCCAACUGCAGCGGCAACAAGCUGGAGACGGUGCCGUGGACGCUGCACAAGAACCUGCACCGGCUCGACCUGAGCAGCAACAGCUUCACCGUGGUCAAGAACGUGAGCUUCAUCCACUACGAGUACCUGAAGCACCUGUACAUGAAGAACAACAGCAUCGUGGAGGUGGAGGCGCGGGCCUUCGAGAAGCUGAUGCACCUGGAGCUGCUGGACCUCUCCAACAACAAGAUGGUGCACAUCCCGGCCACGGCCCUGGAGACCGUCAGCUCUUCUCUGGAGAGGUUGUAUUUAUCUGGCAACAAGAUACACUCGGUCCCCAAAGGCUCGUUUCACAAACUCCUCAAACUAAUAGAACUCGACUUAAGCGGGAAUAGUAUUAAAGUAAUUGACUACGGUGCUUUGAAAGGGUUAGUUUCUCUUCAGAUCUUUCGGAUUCGUCACAAUGCUUUAGAGACCUUACCAUCUGAUGCUUUUGAUGAUUUUUCCAAGAAUGUCAAAGUACUGCAGAUCUAUGAAAACCCUUGGGUGUGCGACUGCAAGAUGAGGUGGUUACGGACCUGGCUCAAUGAAACAGACCCAACUGUUUGGACAUCCUACGGCUACCAAAUCAGGUGUGAGAGGCCCUCUAUAGUCAGAGAAAAACCUCUAGACACCCUGCCCUUAGAUGACUUGGCCUGCGACAUCAGCAUGAAAACCAGCGCCUUCUCCAACGAGAACUUGGCACCCGGGGAAAACACAACCCUGUGGUGUAAAUACACCUCUAUCCCUGAUGCUGAGGCCAAGUGGUUGAAGAACUCUGUUGUCAUUGACCCCAACAAGGAAGACCAGAAGUACAGCAUAAGCGCCUGGAACCAGGACGGGUCCUUCGGAGAAAAGACUCAGUUUAGUGAACUCCAGAUCCGCAACUUCCAAUACUCCGACAUAGCCAAGUAUAAAUGCUUUGUUCAAAACAUCCGAGGCACUGCCUCCACAGAGUUCAAGCUUAGCCUGUCUGGAAUCCCUUACGAGUCAGUGACCACGCCGGUGCCUGGGGUGGCACAUGCCAGUGCCAGCGUGGACAUCAGGAGUAUUGUCAUCUCUGUGGCGGUGGUGUGUGGGAUCAUCCUCAUCAUCGUCAUCAGUGUGCUCAUCUUCUGCACGGUGAAUUAUGUGCAGAGGAAGAAACAGGAGAAGAAAAAUAAAAUCAUGGAGAAUGUCAAGCAACACUUUAUCAACAACAGUGAAAAGGCAAGCAACGGAGACAUUUCAGGCUUGAACGACACCAAAUUAAGUAGCAAAUCAAUGGAGGACAAGCUCAACAGCUGCCAGGAGGAUGACCGGUCCACCUCGAACAACACCAACGAUUCCAACACGACCACCGUCAGGCGGCCGCUCAUUAUCCAAGACACUGAACCCCCCUAUGUGUUCCAGCAGCCCGGCUCCCCUUUCAACAACGGCAACACCUACGUCUCCUUCGGGAGCGAGCUGACUGACCCGGAGGAGUUCCCACCCCCGCUGCCUCAGUACGGCACCUCCCACGCCGGGUCGGCCACCCCCCUUCUAGACAGGUACACGCCAACUGUGUUUGACAGCGAGGAGAUGGUGGAGGAUUAUUCCCAGUACCCCGUGUACGACUCCCUGACCAAAUCACUGCAGCACCCUAAUGCUCAACAAAACGAUGUCAUCUACGCCUCUAGAAUAGACAGCACUAGCAGCUACGCUAGUAUCCCAUAUCACAAUGGUAAUGGGGACGGGGCCAAGAGCCUCAGCAGCUUUAACACUUACUCACCAAACAUUAACGGCUCCACCCCCAGGGCUGUUGGUAGCACCAGGUCCAUAAUAGCCUUGACGCCGAGGUACGCCGACUACAACGGGGACGGCAGCCCGCGCCAAGACUACCACCGCCAAACGCCCAACUCAUCAGACUAUCGAGAUUACCGAGACCUGAGGUACCCGCCCCCGCACCGGAUGACCCACACCACACCUAAGAGCAUGUCCGUGGGUAACCUCGGUUACUCGCCCAUGUCCACCGGCCCCAGGAAGCCGCCCCGCCUGUUCCAGUCCAGAGAGUACAUGGAGCUGACGCCACAGGACAGCAGCGCGGACUACAUCACAUCGCCUGAAGCUCAACAGUACAGCCAGAGUUAUGGUAUAACUCCCGGCACGCCGGUGUGAUUGCCAUACGUGGAUUAUGUUACUUCAAACAUCUCCAUAUCAGUGGGAGGACAUGGAAAGAACAAAAAAAAUCUAUUCCCAUUUCCUAGGGAUAUUACUAUUGUAUCAUGCCAAGGGAUUUUAAGUGCUACAACUACUUAAUGUUUUAACACUUAGAAAUGAUGAUUAAAGUAAUUCUGCAAUAUAAAGAGGUUUUAUAUAAACAAGUAUUUUAAAUACAGUGGAAGUUGUGAGAAAUGAAGGAAUUAUAAAUUGAUGAUGCCAUUUAAUGGCUGGAGAUUCAUUAGCUUAAUUAGAUUUCAUAAGCUUUUUUUUAAGUAAUGAAAGAUUUGAAAAGUAAAAAUAAUUUAUGAGAAGGCAAAUGACAAAGUUUGACACUCAGAGUGAAUCAGUUUAAAGUUGUAUAAAAUUUCAUGUCUAUUUUAUUCUUUGCCACAACAAUGGCGCCUUUUCAGAUUCUCAAUUUUUUUUAAUAAAAGAACCACAAAUGGUAUUUGUAUAAUAUCAAUCAUAAAUUUAAAUUAAUUACAGUUAAUGCAUUCCUAACUAUGCUCUCAAGGCAACUAUCAGUUUCAGCUUGGACUCAAUGUGUUUAUACUUGAGCGAAAUAGCGGUGGUAUUUUAUAAGCACGUUCAUGAACAUUAUUUUUUAAAUAGCUGAGACCAUUUUUGUUGGCUUGUGUGUGGAGAGAAAAAAAAAAUCUGUGUUGUUACAUGGCUUCAAAAUGAUGCUUUUAAUUUAUUAUUGAUGCUCUCAAAAGACAGUAAAUUAAAUUUGCUACUAGGAAAAAUCAAUACAAAAGCAUUUAGGUUAAAGAUGAAAUAUCAGCCAAGCACAGUCAUGUUAGUAGUAGUGUUCUGUCCUGAUCUUACACAGUACACAAGAAAUUAAACAGUGCCUGGCGUUUGAAUGUCUUUCACAUAAACAAUGGCGUUAGAAAAAUAGUAGUCGGCCAUGACAUUUUAAAUCAAGCUUAGUAAUUCUGACUUGAGUGUUAG